CAUGAGGACAUUGGUAUCCUUGGCUGUUCAGACUCUGAUGGAGAGAUGAUGUAUGGACUGGAUGGUGAAGAGCUUGCCUACGCAGACUUCAACAAAAAGGAGAUGAUCUACCCUCUGCCUCGUUUUAUUGAUCCUAUCAGUUAUGUGGAAGGAACUUAUGAACAAGCUGUGGGUGAUCAACAGGUCUGCAAAACCAACCUGCAGACUGCUCGUAAAGUGAUGAAGGACUACCCUCCAGAACAGGAUGCUCCUUCAGGUGUGAUGAUCUACACCAGAGAUGAGGUGGAGUUUGGAGAGAAGAACACUCUGAUCUGUCACGUGACUGGUUUCUAUCCUGCUCCUGUCAACGUCUCCUGGACCAAGAACGGACAGAAGGUCACUGAAGGAUCCAGCAUCAACGUUCCCUAUCCCAACAAAGAUGGGACCUUCACCCAGAUCUCCAGACUGCAGUUCACCCCACAGCUGGGAGACAUCUACAGCUGUGCAGUGCAACAUCUGGCCCUCACUAAACCAGCAACCAAGAUCUAUGAUGUGCAGGCGUCUGGUCACUCUGAUCCAGGUGUUGGACCUGCAGCGUUCUGUGGAGUGGGUCUGACUGUGGGUCUGCUCGGUGUGGCUGCUGGAACCUUUUUUCUCAUCAAAGGAAACGAGUGCAGCUGAUUGGCUCACAGUGAUGAUGUCAUCAACAUAAUAUAAUGAGCUCAUAAUCAGUGU